AUGCCCAAGGAACUCAACGGUAAUAUGGAACGAUUAUCACCGUCAGAAUAUGUUAACGUUUUGAAAGAUGUACUGCACAUGACUAAAAGUUUAUGUGUUGCAAGACACUUCCAUAAAAUGGAUAAGGAAUCUCUCUCCCAAACUUGGAAUCAAAAGCGCUAUAUCGAUGUGUGGCCUGUCGAUCUGCAAAGGCCCGUUGAAACGGGACUUGGUUGGGACAACAGUUCCUUGUUUCUGCUACAGCUGGCUUGUAUCCUUUCAAUGUCGUCGAGGUGGCGAUCAUAUGCACGUCUUCGAGUGUUCAUUUGCGUUAACAGUUUACAGGAUAUGCAUCGUCGAGAUCGACAACUGAAACAAAUGCUUGAUACCUUACGUAUUAAAGCGGAGUCAAUUGUUGUGCCGUGGGAUCAUGUAGUUUGUCAUUUCCCACAACAAAGCGGAGCUGCAGUAACUACCCAACGACCCGCGGUUGAUCUCCCAGCGCCUUACCUCUCUGCAUUCAACGACAUGAUCAAGCGAUAUAGUGAAGAAGCAGCCAUAACGCUUCUGAAUCUUCCGUUACCUCCAGAAGAUGCCAAUUUGGAUGCUGAUAGGUAA